CGCCAGCUAAAAAUAUCUUUGGGUAAAUUUCCCAUUAUCCUGUAAAAACCGUUAACAAAAUAACUGAACAAAAAUCUCAAAGUUCUCUAACAGUACAUCAAUGGCAUCUUCACUACCACUGAGUUUCCACAUCAUCCCACAGAACAACAACACACUAAAAUCCCUCUCACUUUCACACCAAACACACACUUCAACUUCAUUUCUGUCCGCACAGUACUCCUCAACAACAUCGCUCUCAGUAUCUCACAUUUGCUAUAGUAGUUUGCCGGAACGGGAGGAAUCGCGGUGGUUAAGGGAAGAGCAACGGUGGUUGAGGGAGGAGGCGCGGUGGUUAAGAGAAGAGAAACGGUGGGAAGCAGAACGAGAAGCUUUGUUGCUCCAAAUUCAGAGUUUACAGCUCCGUUUAAAGGAGCUUGAGAAUAGGAAGAAUUCUCUUCCAGAAGCUUCUACUGUUGCUAAUAUUGCUAAAUUAUUGCAGCUGCUGAAGGAGGGGGAGCUGGGAAAGAACGUUAAUGUGAUUACAGAAAGCGGGUCGAUAUCUGUGCCAUUAAUUUUAGAAGCAGCAAAAGAAAAUGAGGUUAUAGUUAAAGAAGCAGUAGAGCAGGAGAAGGUGAUUAGGGAAGUUCCUAAAGAAUCAGAAAGAGAGGGUAAAGAAGCCAAGAAGAGGCGGCCAUUGAGAAUGGGAUCUGAAGGAGAUGAAGUUCGCCUGAUGCAGGAACAAUUGUUAACAUUGGGCUUUUAUUGCGGGGAGGAAGAUAUGGAAUUCUCCAGCUUCACUAGUGGGACUGAGCGUGCUGUGAAAACUUGGCAGGCUUCAUCUGGUGUCCCAGAAGAUGGCGUUAUGACUUCAGAACUUCUUGAAAAAUUAUAUAUGGUGCAAAAGAUUGACGGAUUGAGGGAAAAUCCCAAACAACCAGAUGGAACUGAAGCAAAGACUUGUGCAAAUGGUGCCCCAGUUGCAUCUAUCAUGGAAAUAGAGGAAGUUCAGCAGACAGUUGUGAAAGAAGAUAGUGUGUCUGAAACCGAGGUGUCACAUCAUCGAGUCUUUCUCCUUGGAGAGAACCGAUGGGAAGAACCUUCCAGACUUACUACAAGUAGGAAACCGGCGGAGACUACUGGUGGCAGUACCACCACAAAGUGUCUUACUUGUCGCGGAGAAGGUCGCCUGUUAUGCAUGGAAUGUGAUGGGACUGGUGAGCCAAACAUUGAGGAACAGCAGUUUAUGGAAUGGAUAGAUGAAGGAAUGAAGUGUCCCUAUUGUGAAGGUCAUGGAUUCGUAACUUGCGAUGUUUGUGAAGGCAAAAAGAUAGUGAAAGCUUAGUGGAUAUAUGUGCAGUUGUAUAUCACUCCCAAAUACAGUUUUCUACUUUUGAUUCUUCACCUCUGAUGGUAGAUAGACCAGAGGUCAAUUGUAUACGUGGAUAUUUAAGAGGGGCCAGAAAGAAAACACAAGCUCUCUAUAACAGUCUCAUUUGUUCCGAUAUUUUUUGGUUGCUAUAGAGAAGUGUUGUUAUAGAGGAUAUAUAUUAUAACAUAAAAAUCGGUUCUGAAAAGAAUAUAGCUUUUGUAUUGAA